CGUAUACACGCAGGUGUAUAUAAUAACUACCUAUGCGUUUUGACUGCUUGGAAAAAGGAGUUCAGUCUAGAGAGAGAAACAAAGAGCAGAGAGUUUUGGUGAGGAGAGAGAGUGGGGACAAGUACUGAGAAGAGAGGGGUUUUUGAGAAGAUUUAUGUCGGCAGGGUCUAAAUUGGCUGCGAUUGGGGCUCAGUUGAAGCUCUGUAUUUCAUUUUCUCUGGUGUUUUUCUCUCUGUGUAUGCUACAACAACUCUGCUGCCUUUUCCAGCAGUGGAUCCACUUCUUUUUCCCGACUGUUUCGAUGCGUUUGAGGCCCAAAAGGACUUGUUCUGGAGUAGAAUUUUUUGGGGGUUUUCAUAUAAAGAAGUUUUGCUAUCUUUUGUUGUUCUUAAGAGGGCCUCAUACUUGAGUCAACGUUGAGUUUUGGUUUUCAUUUUGAGUGUUUUGUUACUUUAUUGCAUUUUGUUAUUGUUUACAACUAUCGUUUCUUGGUGGGCUAUUUGUUGAGAGGGGUUUAAGGGGGGUGUUGAAAUGCCGGAGUUUCAUAGACUGAAUCAUAACUCUGGAAAGAAAUCGAGGAACAAGCCGGUUUCUGUGGAGGAAUCUAAGAUGAUGAUGAGGAAAGUUCGCAUAAUCUGUCAUGAUCCUGAUAUGACGGAUUCAUCUGAUGAUGAGGGAGGCAAUGAUGUGAAGAAUAGUCGUUAUGGGCCUAAGCGAAUCGUGAGGGAGGUCCUGAUUCCGAUGGCUGAUUGUCCUCAACCGGUUGAGGAGAGCUCUUGUCAAGGUAGCAAUAAUGGCGAAAAGGUUGCGAAGAAGAAAAGGGUUGUGACUAGAGCCCCCCCAAGUCAAGCCCGAGCUAGCUCUAAAUUCAGAGGGGUUAGACAGCGAAAGUGGGGCAAAUGGGCUGCUGAAAUCCGAGAUCCUUUUCAGUCGAAAAGGGUUUGGCUGGGUACUUACAACACUGCUGAAGAAGCUGCCCGGGCUUAUGACUUGAAGAAGAUAGAAUUUGAUUCUAUGCUUGCAGCCGCCUCCUCCGGAAGAACUUCUGGAAACUCUAAUUCACAUGCUUUGCAGCAGAUUAAGAAUCAACCUGCUGCCUCUGAGGAAUCUGGGAGUGUGAUAUCUCGUGCUUCUCCAUCUUCUGUACUCGAGUUGGAAUCAUCAUCAUCAGUUAAGAAAACUGUUGAAGACAUCAUUAAUAAUAACACCUGCCCUGCAACUGAGACUUUAUCUUUGGCUGAAAUUGGGAAAGGACUGGACUUGGGAUUGGAGCUUGGUAGUUCUCAGAAUGAGCAAGGACUGGACUUUGGUAUGGAGUUUAUUCCUCAGAUUGAGCAAGGACUUGACACUGAGAUGGCGGUUAUUCCUCAGGCUAAUGGUGCUGGAGUCGAUGUUGGUGUCGAGCUGGACUCUCAAAUUGCUCAAGGGCUGAAGCUUGAAGCAGAGAUCGGGCAAGAACUGGACUUUGGAUUGGAUCUUGAUGCCUUCUUCCUGGAUGAUUUUGUGCAGCCCCUGGAGUUUGGUGAUCUUGAUGAUAUCCAGAUUCUUGGACUUGAUGAUGCUGAUCCGAGCGAGCUGCCUGACUGUGAUUUCGAUGAGUUUGAAAGUGAUGAACUGGCUUGGCUCAAUGAGAUCAUGGACGUACAACCAACGAAGAACGAAGCACCCCGGAUGAAUGAACAAUCAAGGAUGAACGAUCAACAGUCUUUCAAUAUAGCAUGCCUAUAAGUUUUGCAGCUAGUAGGAUUAUAUUACUAUAGUUUUUAUCAUAGCAAGAGUUUAAACUCUCAAGAACAUCACGGUGUUCUUGAAAAUGGUUUUGCGAGUGUUUAGUUUUAUUAUAUUAUUUAUUUAUUUGUCUAAGACUAAGACUACCUCAGAGUAUUUCAUGUUUAGGGAGUUGGAUAAUCCUUCGGGUUUUCUGUGAGCUAUUAGAGCCGUUCCAAGGGGUUUCAUCUUCUCCUCCGUGGGGAAGCAACUUGAGUGUUUGAUGUUUAUGAAGUCUUGAAUCUUUCUUAUUUCUAAUUGGAUGUUCAAUUGUUCUUAUUA